AUGGCAGGUACGCGAAGAAAACUACACAAGACCACAGAGUCUGUAACUCCAAGGCGCUCGGCGCGAAACGGAAGGAAAGCGCGACAAGAUGAAGAAGGUGUGCCAGCCGUCUUCCAGGAAAUGUUGCGCGAGGAGCAGGCCACAAAGGCCACCAGUGCCGACGAAGAUGACAAUUAUGACAACGACAAGCGACCCGCCAAGAAACGAAAGACGGUACCAUCACCGAAAAGCGCUACAAAUCUGAUCCAAAAGAAGCCAGCAGUCCAAUCUCAAACCUCGCCCUCGACCGCAACGCAUUCACCUCUGCCAACGCGGCCUUCUACUGCGUUGCAAGCAGAGCUGCAUACAAACAACCGCGUGCGACAGACCAUUGUCGAUUCAGACGAGUCCGAUGAUAGCGACAUGGAGUGGGAAGAUGCGCUUGCCGACGACGAUGAGGAUGACGCGGAUGAGGGCCGGGAGGGUACACGUCAGGUUGGCGAUAUAUCCAUCACCCUCGGAGGCAACAAGGCCAUGGAUACAGGCACAAAGAGAAAAGUGCGUCGACGGGCCAUUACUUCAGUCGACAAGAAACGACGGCUGGACAUUCAUAAGAUGCACAUUCUAUGUUUGCUGUACCACGUUCAUCGUCGGAAUACAUGGUGUAAUGACAGGAGAGUGCAAAGCGUGCUCCGCAAGAUUGUUCCUUCCAAGACUUUGACAAGCCUUGUACCAGAUCCCGAAAUUACACAAUAUUCGGCCUCGAAGCGCUUCAUUGACGGCAUGAACGAGCUAAAGAGCAUGUGGUCUAAACGUUUCAACAUCACAGCGCAAGGCAUGUACAAACCACGAUGGGCUGAAGUGGAAGCCUCCGUUCGACCCUUCUCCGACUUUGACGAACUCGACGAUCCGAUGGAUAAAGAUGAGUUCCGCACGGCUGCCUACACUUUGCGUGGAUCCCAGGAUCUCGGGACGCAACUCUUCUGCGCGCUCCUCCGUGCCAUUGGUCUAGAAGCACGACUCGUCUGCUCCCUACAACCUCUGCCAUUCGCUUCUGCAGCUGAACGCGCUACACCGCAGAAGGCAGCUACUGAUAAGAACGUCAUAGUUGUGGAUCCAUACAAUACACAGGCAGAGCAAAGUCCGACGAAAUCAAAGUCACAAACUCCGCGGAGCAAACGACUAUCAAAACUCGAACGCGUGAUGGGCGAGCGACAUGCCGUCCUGAACAAUACUGGCGUCGCUCCAAAGAAGCAAAAGGCCUAUCAUACUGCUUAUCCGGUAUAUUGGGUUGAAGUACUCAAUCCAUCUUACCAGAAGUGGGUUUGUAUUGAUACACACUCUACAUUUACUGUCAACGCGCCUGAGAAGCUAGAGCCGCCACUUAGCUUUGCACAAAACACCCUUUGCUAUGCAAUAGCGUUUGACGAAGACUACACAGCGAAAGACGUCACGCGGAGAUAUGCCAAAGCCUACAAUGCCAAGACGCGAAAGUACCGCGUCGAAAGUACGCCUGGUGGACAGGAUUGGUGGAGACGCACCAUGAGAUUCUUUAAGCGAGCCUCUCCUCUCGAUAGAGAUCAGCUGGAGGAUGCCGCUUUGGCGCGUAAAGAAGCAGCUGAAGGUAUACCUAGGAACGUACAGGAUUUCAAGGGACAUCCAGUGUACGUACUCGAACGACACCUCAAGCACAACGAGGUAAUCCAUCCCCUUGUCCAAGUCGGCAAGGUAAACUGCGGAACUGCCAUGAAUCCCAAAAUGGAGCCCAUUUACCGUCGUACAAAUGUUCAUUUGGUCCGAACAGCCGACAAAUGGUACCGUCUUGGGAGAGACGUCAAAACGGGUGAACAACCGCUCAAGCGCGCAAAGCCCAAAAAAGGCCGAAGACCUUCCAUUGGUGAAGACAUGGAUGUAGACGAACAAGCUGACGAUGUGAGCGCUGGCCUCUUUGCAGAGUUCCAAACGGAACUUUACAUUCCUCCUCCGGUCGUCCGAGGUCGUGUGCCUCGCAACGCGUACGGCAAUCUGGACUUGUACGUCCCUUCCAUGUGUCCACCAGGAGGCACACAUAUCCGCCACAAACUCGCGGCAAAAGCAGCGCGUAUCGUCGGUGUUGACUCCGCCGAUGCCGUCACGGGGUUCUCUUUCAAAGGCAGACACGGCACCGCAAUCAUUCAAGGUGUGGUGGUAGCGCAGGAAUAUGCAGAUGCCGUACAAGCAGUCAUUGACGGCAUGGAAUGCCAGCAAGAAGAGGCAGAGGCGGCGGCGCGUACAGCAGAGUCGUUGCGUCUGUGGAGACGUUUCCUUGUCGGUUUACGCGUUACACAGCGCGUUAAUGCUAUUGUGAUUGAUGGGGAAAGAGGUCCACAAAUCGAUGUCCAAGACGAGAUUAGCAGGCAGGAUAGAGAGUUGGCGGCGCAGGAAAUGGCGGGAGGAUUCUUCCCCGACGAAGGUGACGUUGCAGAACCAUCAGUUAGCAGUGGCUAUCAAGCCCCACAGCAAGACUAUGGCGACGGCGGGUUUGUACCGGAAAGCUACGAUGAUGGUGACGGCGGUGGUGGUGGCUUCAUGCCAGAGGCUAGUGCAGCACCCAUCAGCAUGCCCCGACAUCAAAGCUUCGAAAGCUCAAUCUUAGAUUCACAGCAGCUUCUGCCUAGGCGACAGAGUAGCUUGGGUCAAGUCUACUCGUCAGAAGAUGACGAGGAAAGUGGAGGUUGCAUCCGCGAGGGCUCUCCCCAAGUCGCUGUACCACGCGAACGAGUGGACACUCCGGAAGGCCAGUUGAUGCAAAUGGAUGGUGCUGCAGACAACGCUGGAGGCUUUAUACCUGAAGUCACUCCUGAAACCGUCGACAUGCAAUCGACGAACAAAGACAGUGGAGAAGCUGCACCAGAGACCCCUAACAGUGCACCAAACCAAGACCAAGACACAAAAACGUCAUCUCCGCCCAUUCCCUCAUCCCCAUCAGAAGCCAAUUCACUACCAUUGGAAGACCCCGAAGACGAAGAUGCAGAUCCAGAUUGGUUAGUAGAGGCGACAUAA